GGCGCGCGCCCUCCGCACGAGACUUUUGACACAGUCCCCAGCACGCGCGUUGAGUCCAGAUCUCGGACGUUGCUGGAGGCAUCAACUUCUGAUCCUGUAAUAUCUCGGAUUAUACUAAAAGGAAUAUGAAUACAUUACGAAUUACGGUCUUUCUCGUCCAUUGUCUCGUGUUACUCAAGGUGUGCAGUGGCGCUUCUGUGGACCGGUAUGAGAGUGCCAAACCCAGAACCACAGUGGACAGCCUCUUUCACACACUAGAGAAAACAAACACAACAGGGCACCAGGUGGACAGAGGGACAAAUGAUUAUGAUGAAGAUUAUGAUCUCUCUGUGGAUUAUGACUCAAACCAACCAAGAGUGGCAUUCUCCACCAAACCCAAACAUCCGUCAGCGAUUCCCACUACUGAGAAGAAGACGAAAAAAGGAAAAAGGAAGGGCAAAGGAAGAGGAAACAGAAGAAAGAAGAACCCCUGUCUGGAGGAAUACAAAGAUUUUUGCAUCCAUGGAGUGUGUCAGCAUCUGAAGGAGUUGAACACUCAUUCUUGUGUAUGUCAAGUGGGAUACUCAGGAGAGAGAUGCCAUUUAUUUACGCUUGGGGUUAGUAAGAAGGAACAACGUUACAGCCGGACCACAGCACUAGCGGUCAUAGCGGUGGUCCUGUCCCUCACGUGUCUCACAGUUAUCGUUAUUCUGCUGGCACUAAGGUACCACAAAAAAGAUGACGCUGAUGAAGAAAGUGCAGAAGUGAUAAGGGAAGAAAGGAAGAUGGAACCCAAAAGGACAGAUGGCACUGAGGAAAAGCAGGGGCACAAUUGCUAGAUUUCUAGAUCCUCGCUUUCAGAUGUCCUGCAGUCCUGGCGGCUGUCUACACUGGCAGGAAGGAUGUUUUGAACGCUGCUUCCGUACAGUGUCCUUUUCAAUCUACUUUCCUUGUGGAGAUCAUACAGAGAGGACUGAACCGGAUGAAUGUAGGGCAACUUUAAUCAAGUUGCUUUUUUGUUCGUUGCUUAUUUAUUUAUUCUAAAAAGGGCGUUUCUGGUUCCUGGCAUCAGUCUAAAUCUAUAGUACUGUCGGAAACACCACAAAGCACUUGUAAUUAUUUAUUUAUAUUGUAUUGGUUAUUUAUUUUGAUCUGUAACAGUUGUCUACUGAAUGCACUGUAAAUUUUGUAAAUGUGUUUUUUAUUGUGUAGAUAUUUAUUAUUGAUAGAUAAAAUAAAAUGUUCUGAGAGGACGGAAGUUGCAUUAAAGACUUUGCAAUCACAUAUGGAAGACCCCUAAGUAAAGUUUUAAUAAUAUUAUCGCUAAACUGUGAAGUAAACAGAUU